CUUCCUUUCUCUCUCUCUCUCUCUCCUGUUCUUGUAAUAACAUAAACAAAAAGUCUACAACGACAACAAACGAAAGUUUUUACAUAAGACUCGUCCCCAUUAUCCACCUCCCCCCCUUCUUCUUCUUCUUCCAGCAUCCAUUUCCUCUCCUUUUACACUGUUUUUUUUUGCCUACUUCACUUUCCAUUACAAUUUCAGAUGAACCAUCUUUCAAAUAGUUGACAAGAAUUUAACACUGUUUCUCUCCAAAGUCAUUAUCUUUUUUGUCCUGAGGUUUAAUUUCCGGUCAAGCUGCCAUUUUUCACCCAAAAUGCUUGCUACUUUGACAACUCCGGAAAAGGGUUUUUUUCUGGAUAGAUUGAUCUGAGAGUUGAGUUUUUUUUUUUUUUGCCUUUUGGCCCAACUGCUGCUCAUGGCUGCCAAAAUGGUUCUUUUUAAACCCAAACCAAACUCACACCUGCUCAUCAGCUACCUCAGACCGACAAAAAAAUUCCAAAUUUUGACGUUGGGAUUUUAAUUGAAAGCUCCAUUUCUCCUCCAGUUCCCAUUUGCUUAUUAAAACUAAAUAUUUGCAGUUUCUCCAAAGAUGUCAAACACGAACUUGAAUACUCCAUCUGAGGUGGUGACCUUAGGCGACGACGUGGCGGUGAAGGCGGUCAACAAGCGAUAUGAAGCUCUGGUAACCGUCCGUACAAAGGCCAUAAAAGGUAAAGGAGCUUGGUAUUGGGCUCAUCUGGAGCCUGUUAUUCUUAGAAACCCAGAAAACAGUCUUCCCAAGGCCGUAAAACUCAAGUGUGGUCUGUGUGAUUCUUUUUUCUCUGCCUCCAACCCUUCUAGAACAGCUUCUGAACAUCUCAAGAGGGGCACUUGCCCCAACUUCAAUUCUGUUUUGAAGCCCAUUUCCCAAUUGCCUCCAUUAGCUUCACCGACUUCCCAAAAUCAUCGAAAGCGCAGCUCCCAACAACCACCGGCCACGAGCACUCCUUCCAGUUCGUACCAAUUAGCCCUGGUUGAUUCUUCUCGAUAUCUCAAUGAAAUGAGCUAUCCCCAGGUACAAAUUCCGCAGAAUUCUACCAUGAAUUCCAGUCCGGGGUUGAGUCAACCGCAUUUGGUGUUGUCUGGUGGGAAAGAAGAUUUAGGUGCUUUGGCAAUGUUGGAAGAUAGUGUGAAGAAGCUUAAGAAUUCCAAAGCUUCCCCUGGUCCAGCCCUGAGUAAGGAUCAGGUUGAUUCUGCUUUUGGUUUGUUGGCUGAUUGGUUCUACGAGUCAUGUGGGUCGGUGUCAUUUUCAAGUCUCGAAAAUCCCAAGUUUAAAUCUUUCCUUAACCAGGUAGGUUUGCCCUCAAUUUCCAAAAGGGAAAUUUCGGGGCACCGGCUUGAUUCCAAGUUUGAAGGGGUAAGAUUGGAGGUGGAAGCUAAAAUUAGGGAUGCAGUGUUCUUUCAAGUUGCUUCGGAUGGAUGGAAGGGUAGAAACUGUAGGUGUGGAGAUGAAAGCGUGAUUAAUUUCUUGGUCAAUCUUCCCAAUGGGAGUAGCGUUUUUCAAAAGGCGGUGACAGUUGGAGGUUUGGUGCCGUCUCAGUAUGCAGAGGAGUUAAUGUGGGAGACGACGAGAGGGAUAUGUGGUAAUGUUGUGCAAAGAUGCGUAGGAAUAGUUUCAGACAAGUACAAAGCUAAAGCAUUGAGGAGUUUAGAGAUUCAGAACCACUGGAUGGUUAAUUUAUCAUGUCAGCUUCAGGGUGUUUGUAGUUUACUUAAGGACUUUUGCAGAGAACUUCCCCUUUUCCAAACUGUAACGGAUAAUUGCUUGAAGGUUGCCAAUUUUUUUAAUACCAAGUCUCAAGUUAGAAAUAUUUUCCAUAAAUUUAGGCUUCAAGAAGUUGAGCUUCCUGGCUUGAUCAGAGUGCCUAAUCCUAGAAGUGAUUUCUCGAAAGAUGUUAGCUCUGUUGUGCUGAUGAUAGAGGAUAUACUGAGCCAUGCCCGGGUUCUUCAAUGGGUUGUAUUGGAUGAUUCUUUUAAAGUUUUAUGCAUGGAGGACUCUAUUGCCAGAGAGGUUGCUGAUAAGAUUCAGGAUGUUGGGUUUUGGAAUGAGUUGGAGUCUGUUCAUGCACUUGUGAAAUUGAUCAGGGGAAUGGCUGAAAAUAUUGAGGCCGAGAGACCUCUAGUUGGGCAAUGCCUUCCUCUUUGGGAAGAGUUGAGAACUAAAUUAAAAGAAUGGUGUGCAAAGUUCAGCAUUGUGGAGAGUCCGAUUGAGAAAAUAGUUGAAAGGCGAUUCAAGAAAAACUACCACCCUGCCUGGUCAGCUGCAUUUGUACUUGACCCUCUGUACUCGAUGAGGGAUGCAAGUGGGAAAUACCUCCCACCAUUCAAGUGUUUGACUCAUGAACAAGAAAAAGAUGUGGAUAAGCUUAUUACAAGGUUAGUAUCAAGGGAGGAAGCGCCCAUUGCACUAAUGGAGCUUAUGAAAUGGAGGUCAGAAGGGCUAGACCCAUUGUAUGCGCAAGCUGUCCAGGUGAAACAGCGUGAUCCCACGACGGGAAAGCUAAAGAUUGCAAAUCCUCAAGGCAGUAGGAUUGUUUGGGAAACUUGUUUGAAAGAUUUUAAGUCACUGGGUAAAGUUGCUGUCAGGCUCCUCUUCCUCCAUGCUACUUCACGCGGAUUUAAAUAUAAUUGGUCAAUGACGAGAUGGCUUUGCGAGCAAGGGCAUCCUAAGGUCUGCCUGGACCGAGCUCAGAAGAUGAUUUACAUUGCUGCUCAAGCAAAGCUUGAAAGACGAGAUUUCUCCAGUGCUGAGGAGAAGGAUGCAGAACUGUUUGGCGCCGCAAACAGUGCAGAUGACAUGCUACAUGAUGUCUUUGCAGAUGCAAACUCAGUGUAACACUUUACCUUUUGACUUCUGUAGAAUUCUGAUGUAGGAAUUUUUUAGAUCCUUUUUCUUCUCUUUAUGUUUGUUGUAACUUCAUGUAUCUGAUUUUGGAGAUACGGUUGCAAGGGGAGGAGGGAAUUAGCAAACUGUAUUUUUAGACACUGCAUAAUGACAUGAUUUCCUAACCCAAGAUGGGAGGCACAGAUUCUUGGUGUAAAGACUAUUGUUUUCAGUUAUAGAACAUCCCUUCGAAAAUUAUAUAUGAACCAAUGGGGGGCGAAAUUGAUGGUAGCAUUAACUUUAGAGAAGGAGUUUUGUUGAGUGUAGAUUUGAAGUUUAUUUUGCUCACAGGCAAGAUCUUGCUAAGCAAACUCAACUAAUUGAACUGCCUCAGGGUGUAUGUGUAUAGUAAGUUUAUGUAUUAGCUACAACUGACUGGAUUUUUCUGGGGAAAAUUUGGAUGCACAUUCCUGGUUCACUGAGAGGCAGCAAUGUGUCCAUUCCAACACUCAGCAAUUUCACAGUCAUGAACUAAACAAGUGUGAAUACGUGACGAUGACUUAAGGCCGAUCAAUAGGAAAAUGCUGAUGGUCUUCCCACAUUGUUGAUUAUCUACCAUUGUUGUGUUUUUUAAUUCCAUAUCCAUAAAUAGCCACUUGCACUGACUACAUGAAUCUCACAUUUUCAGUUUCACAUACCGUAUAGUGCCUUUUUACAUUGCUGGUACAUGCAUAGUUUGUAAAAGAUUUCUUAAUAAUUCGCAGAUCGAAGCUCCUUUUCAGCAUUAUCACUCUGAAAUUCUGAGAUGUAAUAUUGUUUUGGGCCUUUAAUCAUUAGUUAAUAUGAGUGCGAGUGCUGCAGUGAAAUCCUGAUUCAAAACUGAAAUCACAGAGUCCCUCUGGUAAUGAGGCUUCAAAACAUAGAAUCAUGCCUGCGAAACAAUAUAGCCUGCAGCAAUGGCUUGGUUUCCUCUGUUUGUAUGUAGCUUGUAAUGCUAACGAAUAUCCAAGAGGAAGGAAAAUAUGGCAUUAAGUUUAAUCACUCUGUAGCUUUGAAGGUUCCUUCCUGGCAUGAAACUUGGUUUCCAUCUGAAUGCUAUCUGCGUUGGAAGGGCCUAUGAGGUGCUUGUCAAAAUUGUUUAACUCUGGUACUUUUUCUCAUUCAACACAUUUUUAGUGGUGUUUUAUACUUAUCUUUAUGGUAACUUGUCUUUUUAACGUUUUGAAUUCCUGCCAACCAAAUGGGCCAUUUGCUAACUUUUCACCUGCAAUGGUGAAAAUUUGAAUUCUGAACAGCACUUCGUUUGUGUGUCAAUAAAGAAAGUUAUCAAAACUGUAAGCAAGGAGUGCUGUCAAUCUUGCAAUUGCUAAAGAAUGUUGCAAGGUCUCUUUUAACGAACUUGAUUUGUAUUACAGGUUUCCGCUUUCCUAAAUCAGUCGCCAUCAUUCCUCAAGUCAGCAAGAAUACUGGUAGUAGUGUUGGAACUUUGCUUUUCUACGUGCUUGUAGAUCAAACAUGAUUGCACAUCUAGGGUAGUAUGUUAAUUCUUUGAAGUUUGACAUUUGAUCCAUGCCUUUGUAGUUGUGCUUCUGAUACUAUAGGGAUGACAUUUGGAACUGAAGAUCCUAAGGUAAAUUUGUUACCAAUUUGAAAUUAUUUUUUUCAAAGAAACUCUUCACCAUGAUAUCUGUUAAUAGACAAUACAGAGCUGGUAGCUUUCACCAUCAUUCCAUCAUAUGCUAGAACUGUAUCAGGUAAUGAAGAAGCUGGUACUUAAACUGUUACGCCCUUCCGGACUUAUCGUUGAUUCAUCAUCAUAGUUUUUUGAAAACUUAAUUAUGAACAGUGACAAAUGGUACAAGGAAUGGUAGAAAAGGUAAGUUGAUGAAUACUGAAUGUAGGACAACAUCUCAAAUGGGCUCCUAUGAAUUAGUCAUCAUCCCGGUACCUCAAUUAUAGUGUGAAAAAGUUGUGGUUUCCUUUUCGGUUUUCAAUAAUUCCUUUACUACACUUUGAAUUGCAGUGCCAGUUGAUUUCCUGGAAAGCCAUACCCCAUUGCUACUUUUUCAUUAUUGAGCCUGGUUAAGUAAUUUGAAUUACUCCCUCCGUCCCAAAAUGAGAGUCCAGAUUGUUGUGCUAGACUGAGGGGAUAUUCAUCUUUGAACCAGAACUACCUUCCAAAUUUAUACAGGAUUUUCAGAAGCAACUUAAGAGUACCUGUUAGUUAUGACUUGUCAAAAUGUAAGUACAUAUACUGAAUCUGUAAUUUUCUUUAGUUUCUUGGUUUUGAUUUGGGGUUUUUGUGUUUUUCUGGUUUUGGAUACUUAGUGGAGAAGCAGACAAUCAUGCCAGUGAGGUUAGCAAAUAACCAAUGCUGACUGCUCACCAACUAGUAAAAACUUUUUUCACUGGUAUGGCAUAACAGGUGGAAGAGUGAUAAAGGUGAUUAGCAGUAGAAAAUCAACCUUUUUUUUGUGUGUAGUGGAAUCUCCCAACUUUGCAUGUUCCCCCUUCAUAAUUAUCCUUCCUUUUUCGUAUGCUCCUGCUUCCUUGUUUGGUUGCGUAUAUUGUCAUUAGUCAUUGAUCAAUUUGAAUUUUAUUCCCCCAAAAGAACGUAAAUCUGGAACAGCACCUGAAUCAACUCUUAAAAAAGUUGACCAAAUUCUUCUUCAAGUAAUGCUCAAAGUUCCUUUAGCAAGUCAAUUAGGAGACAUGAAGAAAAGGUGACAUGCCUGAUGCAUCCAGUUCUGGCCUUGUUGUUAUGAAUCAACAUCGUGGAACCAUUUCUGCCUUGUUUUUGUGAAAAAAGGGAAAAAGGUAUGAAAAAGAGACGCAAGAAAAUGACUCAUCUGUAUUUUAGGUGCAAACAUAAACUCGUUGGUUCAUGUGUAUACUUUUUUAGCUUUAACAUGAAGGAACAACAUUGCUUUCCUGUGCAUUUGUAGGCUGUUAAUGAUUGAGCAUUAUUCUCACUGUCCAAAUGACGAUUAAAACAUAAUCAAAUGCACCAGAUGCAGUAAAAGAUGCCACAGUUUUCUCUUUUAACUAGCAAUUGUAUGUCACUAUCUCAUGCAACAACUAACUUAGCGGAUUAGAGGGACCGAACCGAGUUAAUACAACCCAGCUGUAAGAGCUUGUUGAAGAAUUUGGUGAAUGUCCAGGCAAUAUAUUCCCUUAGCUGGGACUUUGCCUUGGUGAG